CGAUGUGAACGGGAACUCAAACCUUCAACCUACACAACUUUUUAAGUUUAACUUCAAAGCCAUCUGAGCAUCAUAUCACCGCUUGGAUUGAAACAAUAUUUGAAAGUAAACCCAACAUGUCAAAGGCUUUUCUCGUGGCCAAGGAGAAGUACCAGGCAGUGAUCGACGACGCUGGCAGAGGUGACUUCGUGUGCCGGACAAACCGCAUCGGUGCCACUCGGCUCCCCUCCAGCGGUGACUGCCACGCCGUCAACAUGGUUGAUCAUCCUCAGCAGCGUCGGCGAAGUAGCACAAGCAUGAGGGACAAGAUUAGGGAUCUGAUGAAUCGGCCCGCUUAUUAAAUCAGGUGUAAUCAGAGUCGCGGAGUAGUUGAUAUCAAUUGAGGUUUCUGCUCUUACGCUCUUGGUGGGCGCGAAAGCUACUAUCAACUCUAUAAGUAGAAUGAACUAUUGGUGAAAGUGCUCAUAUCUUUCAUGGUAUACUAUAUAUCUGACUUGUAGGUGACGGGGAGUAAAAUGUGGACUAGAAAAUAGGUAGUCGAGUCUCGAGUCUCGAGUCUCGAUUGGGAACAGUACUGAGUGAAGUUAUCCCACCUACCCCUUUAACUGGUAGUAGCCACAUUACACUGUUGCCCCCUCGCUGGGUAGCCCAGUGGGUGAUUUCUCGGUUUGGUCAAUAGAGAUAAUAUAUAGUAUUAGAAACUAAGUAUAUAACAUGAAUGAUAUAUCCUA